AUGGCUUGCAGCUCGAUACUCUCCCUACUCUUGCUGAUUGCUGUAUAUCUUGUCACUCCUUCGCUAUCCCGUACUACACAUCAGCAACCAUUGGCUGCCACAUACUCAUUUCGUAUACUUGACAAAAGGCUAUGCGCGGAAAUUGAUGAGCUCAGAGAGAGAUGGGGUGUCAAGGGCAUCACUCUAGGGGUCGCUGCUUCCCCGAAUUUCACUAAAGCAACCAAAGACGGGGCAGGUGAGGACUGGACUUCUGAAGUCUACACUUUCGGCAAAGCAGACCGGUAUGGAAAUGACGUGGACAACCGAACACUGUUCGGAAUCGCCUCCAACUCGAAAGUAUUUGUGGCUAUAUCAAUUGGGCUGCUCAUCGAGGACAAGACGUACCUACCGAAUGGAGAGCUGCUGGACUGGUCGACAAAGAUCAAAGAUAUCCUACCUGGAUGGGGUCUCAUGGAUGACUACGCCUCAACCCAUGCCGACCUGAUUGAUCUCUUGAGUAUGCGUUCCGGACUUCCCAGGCAUGAUGCUGCCAAAGGGCGAGUCAUUGUCUCGACGAUGCGAUACCUCCGACCCUCGGCAGAGCUUCGACAGGCAUGGCAAUACAACAACUUUCAUUACAUCGCUCUCGACCUCGUCAUACAAACGUUGACCAACAGAUCUUUGUCUGACUUUGUACAAAGCCGAAUCUUUGAUCCAGUUGGCUUACAAGACGCAACAUAUAAUGCUACCCAAGCUCGAUUGUCGGGUCACAGAAGCGAUGGCUUUGUGAGGCUGAACAGGAAUCUCACACAGUGUACGGUCGAACUUGAUAUCUCCCGAGCUGGCAUACCCCAUUCAUGCCUGGGCACGCCAGCGAGUAUAGGCUGGUGGGUAAAGGAUGACGGCUCAUUUGAAGCUGGUCCUGGGGGAAUUAUCAUGUCGGGCAGGGAUAUGGCCAAAUGGACCAAGGAACUGCUUGAUCCUCGACAUCUCCCCGCCGCUCUUGUUGACAAGUUGACUGUCACCUACGCCUCCAUGUAUGGCAAACCCCAGAAUCCGUACGUGGGUAUUCACACCUAUGGCCUCGGGCAGUGGGUUUAUACCUACCGGGGAUUUACUGUGCAUGGACACGAUGGCUCCCUUCCAGGGCAACAUUCUACCUUCAUACGGCUCCCAGAAAUCGGUUUCGGGUUCUUCCUGGCCAUCAACGACGAUGAUUUUGGUGCGCCGCUUCACAGGGCUAUCACCAACAUCAUUCUUGACAAGGUGCUUGGGCUGGACUACGUCGAUUGGGAAGGACAGGUCCAAUCCCUGGCAUUCACGAUCCCAGAGUAUCCCGACGUACCUACAGACCCUCGAGAAGCACCGGCGAAAGUGGCUGGAAGAUACACGGACUCGGGGUACGGAGAUCUUGAUCUGAAGCAGAUCCCGCACCCCGCUGGCCCUUUUGCUGCCCACAUACUGGAGACAGUAUCUCUGUCGCUCACUUCUGCGCCUCUCAACAUUACUGGGCCCAUAUACUUGGCCGAAAUCAAUAAAACAUUUGCUAGCCACAUCAUCUUGACACACUUUGACGGGCCGCUGUUCAACAUUACGCUUCUGGCUACGACCGAGACUUUAUCUCAAGCGGAUGAAGUGACAGGGACUGUAAUCAAGGUGGAAGGGUACGGUACCGCUGUGGUGCAAGAUGCAGGAGUUGGGAUCUUUGGAAAUAUAUGGGGCAAGGGGAAUCUGGCGAGAGAAUCAUCCGUCACUGAGGAGCAGACUGUGGUCAAAAAGGCUGCCGAAAUAUGGUUUGACAAGGUUGGCUGA